UCUCAACCCAUCGGCCCGUUUUCAGGGUCGGAUUAAUCAGAGUUGUACACUUGGGUGGACAACAUAAAAUGUCCAGUGAACCGCCGACUGUGAAUGAUGCAACGGUGAUCCACCGCCGCAGUUUGCUCGAGGCGGGAGGUCCGAGCAGGUACCCGUACCGCUGUGCAGCCGAGCAGAAUGACCUCAGGGCGAGGGCACGACCUCCAGGCUCUUCUAGCACCAGGCUGGAGCCUCAAGCUGCACCAGAUCCUGCACCGGAUGCAGCGCUGGUGGAUGACUGUGAGAGGCUGGGCACUCUGUUUGGAGAGCUGAAUAAGUGCCUACGAGGCAUAGGUUUCACUCAGCUCUACUUUGGAGAGAAGAUUGUAGAGCCUGUGGUGGUCCUGCUCUUUUGGGUGCUACUUUGGUUCCUCGGUAUCCAAGCCCUAGGGCUUGUGGGAACUCUCUGCAUUGUCAUCAUCUACAUCCAGAAGUAAAGGCCUAGGCAGGACAGGCAUACAGAUGCACAGGCUAACCAAGUGCCAGCCUUAGGGUAAUAGAGAGAAGGACAAGGAGAAAGAGAGUUAUUCUUUCUACCUUGCCCCACACGAACACAGAUCAGCUUGAUGAAUGUCUCUUGAGAGAAUUAUUGUGAAUGGUGUUUUUGGGUCUCUGUCCUUUGAUUGCCUCAGAUGACUAUGUAUACAUACAGUGCCUUGCAAAAGUAUUGAAGUGUUUUGCUGUGUGAGUGUUUUGUAGUCUCUAAACCUCUUAACUCCAUUUUUAGUUUUUAGGUUUUUACCUUAUUUAUAUUGUGUGAACAUUUCAGGAUGGUAGAAAAGGUGUAGAAUUAUUUGGAAUAAAAUCUCACACUAACUUACAUUAAAUGUUAGUUUUAAGGUUUUGGAGAUACAAAGUUUUGUUUUGCUUUGAUUUUAAAAAGUGUGCAGUAGUGUGCAAAAGUCAGAGACCAUCCUUUACCUUUUAUUUAACGUUCUGUUAAGACGGCCAUUCAGUACAAGUUAUUCAUUUUUUGAAAAACAUGUAUUUAACAGAAAAUUUAUACCGAAGCUUCAACAACUGAACUCUUUACCUCUUUCAGCUUCCACUCUUUUCAGGAGACCUUUUUCAGUUUUUCAUAGAAAUCGUCAGGGAUAUUUUUGCACACUUUCGAAGUUCAGUCUUAGAAGUUGGUUUGGUUUUCUGCUUCCAUAAUCCAAAUAAUUUCCAACUUAUUCAGUAACGUAGAGGGUGGACUAUCAGCACCUACUUACUGAUUUGCAAAUGUUCUAUUUUUGUCUAUUUUCUUUUUCAAUAAUGGUUUCUUGACGGCUGACAUCCUUUCAGAUUCAUACCACUGAGCUGUGUUCUCACGGUGGAAGGAUAUAUAAAAAGACCUGAAGCAAGAGUGGGGCUUGAUUUUUCUCUGAUGAAGAUUAAAAGCAUUAAGCACUGUUUAACUGAUGGUGACAGUUUUGGUGGUCUACCCAGUCUUGCACAGUUGUUGGGGGUCCCAUUUUCUUUUUUCUUUUUCUUGUUUUGUCCUUUGUCUCAUUAAAUAUUUUGUUCUAAUAUCCAAUCUCAAAAAUAUCCCCUGAAAAAUGAAUAACUUCUACUUAAUUAGUUUUUUGACUAUAUACCAAAUAAAUGGGGGUGGUCUCUGAAUCUUGCACAGUACUGUAUAAUGCAGGACAUGAAGAUGCAUUUACAAGGCACUAUAAGGCUGCAUUACAGCAAAUGAUGCGCGUCUUUGGGGAUGGAGAUCUUCUGUAGCAAAGGACUCUUUAUCGUCAUGUACGCACUAAGUAAGGUGCUUUUGAUAUGCAUGCUUUCCUCGACUAUCAAUUUAUACUGACCAGUGAGUGAAUGCAUAAUCACGACUAGCAUGGAUGUUAAAGGAAAUGCACUUUAAAA